UGGAGUUAAGAUGUGACUGAAAAGUAAGUUUGGAAGUUUCUCUCGCCCAGCUGUUACAGGAUGAGUGUGUUCUACUGACAUGCAGAGAGGUACCUACCUUGCUCCAUCCCUAGCAGCCUCUACCUAUAGCAGCAGCACCCAGGUCAGCCCUCUACCUACCUCUACCAACCAGGGAAGCCCUCUACCUACCUACACCACCCAGGGCAGCCCUCUACCUACCUACACCACCCAGGGCAGCCCUCUAACUACCUCCAGCACGCAGGGCAACCUACUAGCAUCCAGUGGGAGCAAGGACACCCAUAUGCGCACCAGCACCCACAACACCCAUCUACCCACCAGGACCUCCCAGGACAGCCCGGUAGCCAGAGGCUGCAGCCCUCCUUUCCCCCCCUGUGCUCCCUGCUGGCAGCCAGUCCUGGCAGAGAUGGGCAUGUCAUCCUCAGUGGGGGCACAAUACACCUUCACUUGCUAAAUGCCGGAUCUCUCUCAUUGGGAACUUAUCACCAAGAGGCAACAUGUGGCCCCGGACCAGCUUGCUGGGCUUCUCCAUGUACUUAUUGCUUCUGCAGGAGACCCUGAGCAGGAGGAUCCCCAUGGACACCGGUCAGUGCACCUUCCCCAAAGCGCAAGAAGAAAUGAAUUCUUUCCUAUGGACCGUAAAGAGAAAUCCACCUGCUUACCUGUUUGGAACUAUACAUGUUCCCUAUACCAGAGUAUGGGACUUUAUUCCCCAAAACUCCAAAACCGCAUUUCAGGAUAGCAACCAUGUAUAUUUUGAGCUGGAUCUCACAGAUCCUUAUACCAUCUCUGCCUUAGCCAGCUGUCAGAUGCUUCCCCAUGGGGAGAAUCUGCAAGAUGUUCUACCCAGGGAUCUGUACAGGAGACUAAAAAGGCAUUUGGAAUAUGUGAAGCAUAUGAUGCCCCACUGGAUUACCUCAGAUCAGAGAGGCAAGGGUCUGUAUGCUGACUACCUCUUCAAUGCCAUUGCUGGGAAUUGGGAGAGGAAGAGACCCGUGUGGGUGAUGCUCAUGGUUAAUUCUCUAACAGAAGCAGACAUCAGGUCUAGAGGUGUGCCAGUUUUGGAUCUGUAUUUAGCACAAGAAGCAGAAAGGAUGCAGAAGAGGACAGGAGCUGUGGAAAGGGUAGAAGAACAGUGCCACCCCCUCAAUAGGCUAAACCUCUCGCAGGUUUUGUUUGCUUUAAAUCAGACACUAUUACAGCACGAGAGUCUGCGAGCUGGGAGCUUCCAGGCUCCCUACACGACCGAGGACCUUAUCAAACAUUAUAACUGCGGAGACCUCGGUGCCGUGAUAUUCAACCAUGAUUCCACUCAGGUUCCUCAUUUUAUCAACACAACACUUCCGCCACACGACAUGGUGACAGCUCAGGAGAUUGAUAUCUACUUCAGACACGAGCUGAUUUACAAGAGGAAUGAGAGGAUGGCCAAGAGAGUGAUGGCACUUCUGAGGGAAAACAAAGACAAGAGUUUUUUCUUUGCUUUUGGUGCAGGUCAUUUUCUUGGCAAUAACACAGUCAUUGACGUCCUAAGAGAAGGUGGAUAUGAAGUUGAGCACACUCCAGCGGGACAACCGUUCACUGAUACUAAGUCCUAUGAGGCUCCAACCAUUGACAAGUCAAUGGGGACGGACAUUCCAUCGAUGAGAUACUUUGAUCACAUGCCCUCGAGAUCCUCCCCUGAUGAAUCUGAUGACGAUACACUUCCUCCACAUCUCCUCUUGCCAGACAGCAUAAGCCAGCUGGAGGAAUUUGGAAAACAGAGCAAUUGGAACCGUAAACAACACAGAAACAACCACCGCCGACAGUUCAACGAUCUCUGGGUUCGAUUGGAUGGCAGCACAACUACCGCACCACCAGACACCAGGAAUACCCGAGGAAAGGGCUCAUCAGAGACUUUGGUUUGGCUUUCCAAGAACCAGGAAGGACAGACUCACCUGGCUAUCAAACUGUCCCACAUGCCAGUAAAUGGAACCCCCGUGUGCCAGCCAUUACUUUCUGCAUUGCUUUACACCUUAUUAACUCUGUUCAUCAUCACAGCCGGGAGGACAAUAUCCUGACACCGUAUGUUGGGAGAGCACCGGAAGCUCACCACCUAAUCAAGCCUUAUAUUAACACACAGUCUCUAAGUAGGACUAGGUUAAAAAACAGCUAGCCACAAAACAGACAAUACAACAAUCCACAAUGUGGUUCUUUGAGAAAGAAGAUAAAAGAAAGCCCAUGGAUUAUUUUGUCCAUCCUUCUAAUGUUCAACUGGAAAACUUUUUUACAUUGUAGUUUGUUUUCUGCUAGAUAUUGUGUUAUUUUCAUUUAUUGACAUAUUGAUUCUUGUCCUUUAACACAAUAACAUGUCUGAGAUUAGACAUCGAACUGUCAAUACUUAUUACGAAUGUAAGAUGCCAGACUAUUAAUAUCUGUAGCUGUGCCUUUUAUAAUAUGAGUUCCACCCAUUUGUUUUUUGGGGUUUUAUUCCUCUAUAAUUUUGUUCCAAUUUUCUCCCAAUGUAUGAUAUAUUUUCUCUGUAACCUCCUGCUUUACAGACUCCCACUAUGAUAUUUAAUGUUGGACUUAUAUGUGCCCAUCCUUCUUCUCCUAAGAGUUCCUUCAAUGGCCAUCAGAGGACCAAGGCAGUUGUGUACAUAUUGAGCCCAACACUGAUAAGAGUUUGAAGUUUCAAGCAGAGUCUCCACCUGCUUGGCUAACAUAUGCCAAAGCCAGACCUCCCAGUAGGCAAACCCUGUAUUUAAGUAGUGCCAUCUGUAUGUUCCUAAUGGUGGGACUGACAGUGACCACCUCUGCAUACAGUGACUUUGCCAGUUUCUUACAGGUCAAUUCAAUUGUCGUUCUGCACAUUUAAUUAACUCUACUAUAUAUAUAUAGUAAUGAAUUAACAUAGUGCUGCUUUUUAUUCCAUGAUACAAACCUAAUGUUAGAUCUAUUGCGGUUUUGAUCUAUUAAUCGCUUUAUAUAUGGUCAUUUUUUUGGUUUCUGAGCUUCUGCCAAGUUGCCUGCCAUGCAAAAUCAUUACUUUUCCUUUGGCUUCUGUUCAUCGAUAAACUGCAAAAAUAUGUCCUGCUCCAGCACUUUACAUGCUGGUUAUUAAUAAUUAAUAAUGAGCAAAUGCAUGAAUUUCCACUACCUAACUUUAGAGACAAAAAGAUACAUAUAAAAACGUAAACUGAAAAUAGCUCCAAGAAUGUUGAUCUUUGUUUUUUAAAAUGUUUGUCUAGUUCAAUUUUCCUACACACCCCUUGGAACUGCAUAGGUUUAACCAAUAGUCAGAUAUGGACAAUAUGUUCCGAUUUACCUACCUUGGCAUGAGUCUUGUUGAACCGACCAAAAGAGCAAUGUGUACAGCACUGCAGACUCUAGCAUUGCUCCAUCACCCAUUCCAUUUUUAUUUUGCUCAAGAUUAGUGCAUCUUGCCCAGUCAUCGGAGAUCUAAAUUGCAGAACCAGGAGGAUAAUGUCUUUUGCACUGCUGCCUUAUUUUUUUUGUGGUGAUGGUGCGUGCAAUGAGGAGAUGGAGCCAAAGCGAUUUCUUUUCUCUGAAACUAGAAAGAGCGAUUAUAACUUUUUUAAACCCUUGACUUACUUAAACCAAUGGCUUCAUCCGUAGCAGAGCUGAUACUUUUUAAAAGAAUGUGUUCUGUGUGUUCUUUUAAUUUCAGGCUCGAUCUGAGCUGGAAGGUAGAAUGUCACAAUGCAAUCACAGAUAUUGUCUUAACAUCUUCUUUUUGUAGAAGGAUCCUUUAUUUCCCUAUGGGGCUAUGUAAAAUAUGUGUUCAUACAGAAAGCGUAUUUAUUCAGAUUUGUGUCCUGUACAAUAACAUUCUAUUAAAGGACUGCAGUGCCUUAAAAUAACUAAAUUAAUAUUUUAUAUGAUUUUUUAUUGCACAGGUUUAUCAGACAUAAACACAUCCAAAUUAAUGUUUUAUAAAAAGUGUUAAAAUAUCAAA